AUGACUAUGCCCCCGUGUGCACAGAGCCAGGUCCACGGCUGGCGUGCGCAGAGCCCUGACCUCAACUCCAUCCCCAUCCAACGCAGGAUGAACUGGAACACGGACAGCCAGCCAGGCCUUAUCAUCCAUCAGCUGCUGACCUCACUUGCGGAUAUAGGUGAAGACUGCUCACAACCGACAGAUCUAAAGGUGAAGACAGAGUUGGCAAGUUGUAAGACGGAGCCCUCUUUGCCCCAGCCGUGCCCUGCAGAGGACCAAACUGAACCUGUUGACUUGUCACUCAACAAGCCCCGCUCCUCUUCGCUCCCCACUUCUACGACAAACACCACAGUCAAUCCGGCACCCAGUGGUAUUGUGACCCAGCCCAGCCUGUCGGCCACACCGGUUCCCUCCACGGUACAAUCGAUAGGCUCCAUGGUCCUCUCUCCAGGUUCCAUUUUGGCCACGCAGGGCGCCGGCGGCCAGCAGAUCCUCCACGUCAUCCACACCAUCCCCUCUGUCAGCAUGCCCAGCAAGGUGGGCCAGCUACAGACCAUCCCGGUGGUGGUGCAAUCUCUACCUGUUGUGUACACAACCAUGCCAACAGACGGCGUCGCAACAGCAGCCAUUACAGUACCGCUCAUUGGCAGCGACGGGCGCUCAGAAGGAUCUGUUCGUAUUAAGCCAGGUUCAACGUCUCCGGUGGAGUAUCAGAGUGAAAGCGACGCAGAGAGCGGUACGGAGUCCGGAUCGGCCUCCCUCAGCGCCCAGAGCCUCUACUCAGGAUCCGUUAUGGACUUGGAGCCAGUCGAUCCAGAUUCACCAGACAUCAAGAGGAGGCGGAUCCACAUGUGUGACUAUGAAGGCUGUAAAAAAGUUUACACCAAGAGUUCCCACCUCAAAGCCCACAGAAGGAUACACACAGGAGAGAAGCCCUACCACUGUACCUGGGAGGGCUGCACCUGGCGCUUCGCCCGCUCCGACGAGUUGACCCGACACUUCCGCAAGCACACAGGAAUCAAACCUUUCCGCUGCACCGAGUGCGACCGCUCCUUCUCCCGGUCCGACCACCUCUCUCUGCACCGCCGCCGCCACGUCAUGAUGUGAACUCUGACUCUCCCUCCUCCCUUCUCCCAUCCCAAACACCCACAAACUCCUCAUCAACCUUCCCUACACACCGACCUCUCGACCCUCUCAAAGUCCCUCACAGCACAUCUUGUACCAGUUCGCCCAACUAUAUAUCC